AUGUUCAAUCAAAUUGAGAUCUACCGCGGUGUAUCAGGCUUCCAUUGGGACAAUGUUCGUGGGGCUGGGAUUGAGGGAGUUGCUGCUGCGAGCGUCUGGGAUGCAUAUGUGGCCCCAAAGUCCCGAAUUGCAAUGUGCCCCUUUCGCAACAAAGGAUGGCCUCCGUACAACGACAUGCAGGCCAUCUUGGGCGAAAACAGCGGUGCUCGUGGACACCACUCCUUCCACCCUGCUACUGCAGCCCCCGCCUCUAUCGCUGUAGACGAUGUACUCAAUGGUCCAGAUGGAGCCCUUGAUCUUCUCAACAUGGACGUAGGGGGCAGCAUCUCUGGCACCGCUCCUGGUGGCUCCCAGUCGAGUAAGCGCCUGCGCACAAACACUUUGCCCGACUCUCUUGAGACCGCAUCAUACAAUUCUGGUGACAUGUCCUGUCAUCCUAAUAGUCACGAGUCACCAUCCCUCCCACUUUCAGCAACGCUAGUAGUACCAUCAUCCCAGAUCGCCGCAAAGAUCACUCCAGUGGCUGCAGUGAUGAAUAUGCAAGGUAGUAUUAAUCGCCUGACUGACGCGAUCGAGAGAAACAUGGCCCCUCUGCCUGACCCAUCAGCUCCCCUGCCAGCUCCUGUCGUACCAACCAUGAUCUCCCAUGGCCUGGCAAUGAUGCGCAGUGUAGAUGGGGAUCUGUCGGUUGAUCAAAGAGCCAGCCUCCUGCGGAUAUUUUCCCGUGCAGGAGGGGAUAACAAUCUUGCUGUUUAUGUUGGGCUGAACUCGGAUGAUGACUUUGAUGUGCGCCGUGCAUUUAUCUCACAACUCCUUGAUGAGUCUAUGUAG